AUGGCAAAUCCUUUUAUUCGCCCUUCCAUUCCAGACUAUUUCAUCUCUUCUCCACUAGUCGCCCUCCUUUAUCCACUCCACCAGGCCCUUCUCCGUCUGCGCGGACCACCUCGGCUCCCAAGUGCCCAUCCGAUCCGCGUCGUCUGUAUCUCCGACACACACACCCUCGAAUGGCCUGAUGUUCCUGAUGGAGAUCUCUUAAUCCACGCCGGCGAUCUUUCUGAAGAUGGCUCCGUUCGCGAAAUCCAAGCCGCCGUGAACUGGCUCCGCAGCCUCCCACACCCACAUAAGGUCGUCAUCGGCGGAAACCAUGACAGCUACUUCGAUACGCGAUCGCGCCUGGAAGAAGAUCGGGAUGAACCAUCCAACAGAUACGCCACCGUCUCAGCAUCCACGGCUUCUAUCCGCUCGUUAGAUGAUUUCACCGACACCUCGUCGCGCAUCGAUUGGGGCGACAUCCACUACCUGCAACACUCCGCCGUAACUCUCGAGUUUGCGCCCCCGUCAAGUUCCGCUGAAUCCAUAUCUUCUGCGACCACGCUGAACUCACGAUCCCGCACUCUGACCAUAUAUGGCGCUCCUCAAAUCCCUGCUAUUGUUCCCCUCGGCCCCGAACACGCCUUCACUUACCCGCCUCACCAUGACGCAUGGUCUCGCACCGUACCCCCAGAAACAGACAUUCUAGUCACCCACACCCCACCUCAAGCCCAUCUCGACAUGUCCCCAGUUUACUCAAUAGGCUGUCCCAACCUUCUUGCCGAAAGUUGGCGUAUCCGCCCGUUGUUGCACGUCUUCGGUCACGUCCAUUUCGCUGCUGGCCGCGAACCGAUUUUCUGGGACGAGGCGCAGCGCGCCUGGGAACGAUUAUGUGCGUCGCGUCGUUCUCGUGCUAAGUAUACUCGCUUGUUUGCCUUGAUGGGAUUCUUCCGCGAUCUCCUCGAUCCGACAAGCUGGGUUGAUGUGGCAAGGGUGGUGUUUUAUGGAGCUCUGGGUGUCGUUUGGGCGCGUGUCUGGGGUGGUGAGAAUAAUGGUGGUGGAUGGUUUGUUAAUGCGGCGUGUAUGUAUAAGGACUCGGGGCGUUUAAGGAAUCCGCCACAGGUUAUUACCUUGUGA